AUGGGAAAAGUCACGGCAGAGGAGCUGCUGUGCACGCCAAAAACGACUACGGUCAAAAACGAGCUCGAGGAUCUAAGCUGCCGAUUUAUAGUGAACUUGCCUGCAAAUGAGCUCGCAAGUAUUGAGCGGAUCGUAUUUCAGGUCGAGCAGGCGCACUGGUUCUACCUCGAUUUUGUGUGUGCCGCGCACUCGGACCUUCCGAAGAUGAACCUGCGUCGGUUUGCGCAGGAGCUGCUGCAGGUCUCGUCACUCGCUGUGCCGCUCAUUGGCUUGUACCUGGCGCAGGGGCCGAAAAGCUUUGAAAAGGUCUACUCGCAGUUCUUGCAGUACAAGACACGCGUGCCCGUAUGCGGCGCGAUUCUCCUCAACGAGACGUGGGACAAAUGCAUCCUGGUCAAAGGAUGGAGCGGGAAAGGCUCCUGGACAUUCCCGAAAGGCAAGAUCAACCAGGACGAGUCGGAACGCGAUUGUGCAGUGCGUGAAGUGUGGGAAGAAACGGGCUUCGAUGCCGGCGCGUUGCUCCCUGCGGAUAGCAAUGACUACUUGGAGCGCACGAUGCACGAGCAGAAAAUUCGUGUGUUUAUCGUGCCGGGCGUAAAGGAAGAUACCAAGCUGGAGACGCUGACAAGGUUCGAAAUUUCCCAGAUUGCAUGGUUCCGCAUUGCGGACUUGCCCACACUGAAGAGCCCGAAAAAGCCCAACGCCGAGCUAGGGGGAAAGUUUUACCAUGUCACCCCGUUCGUCAGCCGAUUGCGACAGUGGAUCAGUGCAAACAAGCGCACGCAUCCAAACAGGCCGUCUACGCCGGCUCCAAAGAAUGCUGGCGGGGCCAGCGUCAGUCUGGACGCCUUGUUUGGCAGUGCGCAGCCCCAGGCUGCGGCACGUUUGUCUGCGCCGAGCACCGUCCCUGGCAUUAUCGACCUGCCGCCCGCCACGGCGCAGCAAAUGACCAAGGAUCGGGGUAUGCACACCGCGGCACAGCAAGUGCCAGCGCCCACGCCACAACACGCUCAGAAGCCAGAGCCAGAGCCAAACUCGGCCAAGCUUUUGCUCCAUCUCUUGCACGGAUCCAAGCCCGUUCCUGCGCCUGCGCCUGAGCAGAAAGAGCAUCGUGUGGAUGGGACCGCGGCGCUGCGAAACUUGCUUGGCCUUGCGCCAUCGCAGCAGCCACAGAAUGCACAAAGUGAGCAAAAAGAUGAGCAGCGCAAGCGGAUGCUGUCGAUCUUGGGCAUCGGCGCACCGCCGCAGCCUGCACCGCGCGAUAUGCUGUUGGCUACACUUACCGGAGCACAUCACCCACAGCUGGUGCCGAGCUUGCAGCCAGCCAGUGCGGCUUCCAGGUCUCUUGAUGUACACGAGUCGCUUGCAGCGCAGCAUCAAAUGCACCCUUUGUACCAACAAGGGCCGCCGCCCCAUGCAGGCCAACAAUCCAUGCCCCAGACGCUUUUUCCAGCGCAACCACAAAACAUGCCGCAAGCCCCGCCAGCGAGCCACCAACAAAACCUCUUGUCGACAUUGCUGGGCCCGGCACAAACCUCCUCGAAAAUACCUACGCCUACACAUGCUUUGAGUCCUGCAAAGAAUACAUCGCGUUCAAUCACACCGUUUCGUCUCGGCGCGAUAGGAACGCCUCCAUCGCAAAGCCAAUGCGUUACGCCUUCAGACGGUACGCCGCAGCAGCUCUCUCCGCAGCACAGUGGUGUCCAGCCAGCAAGCCUUUUGUCUAUUCUGAAUGCACCGCAACCCGCGAGCGAACCCCGUGCUCCUCAAACUACGCAUUCGAAUACGCUGCUCAAUACAUUGAUGGGGAAGUGA